AUGUUCGAUGCAGUAAGGGAUGCAGAAAAGGAUGCAGACUAUCCUGAAUAUAGACCGCCAUCAAAUUAUAAUUUACCACCUUUAAGUGAUAAAGAUUUUGCUCUUUAUAGUAAUUCUUUAAAUCCACUAAGAGCUUCGUCAAAAAAGAGAAACUUAGAUAGUCCACCCUUCGCUAGUGUAAAGCAACAUAAAGUUAACCAAUAUAAAGUUACUAAAUACUACAAUGAUAGACCUGACUUUGGUAAAGAUGCUAGACGUCAAUCGCCAAUAUUUAACUUGAAAAAUUUCAAUAAUUGGAUAAAGAGUGUUCUUAUUGCUUCAUUUGCAAGAUUUAAUCCCCCAUCUACCGCUAGAGUUUUAGAUAUCGGUUGCGGUAAAGGUGGUGAUUUGAAUAAAUGGCUCAGAAGUAAUAUAGAUGAAUACUUUGGUUUAGAUAUAGCCCAAGUUUCUAUAAAUCAGGCUAAUAAUAGGUUUAAUGAUAUGCGUAACAAACCUUUCAAAGCUCACUUUAAUACGCUUGAUUGCUUUAAAGAACCAUUAGAUAAAGCAAUAACUCAGGAUUCUUUAGAUAAACAAUUUGACGCAGUUAGUUGUCAAUUCGCAAUGCAUUAUGCUUUUGACUCAGAGCAAAGCGUACGAUGUAUGUUAGAGAAUGUAACAAAAUAUCUAAAACCUGGUGGUACUUUCAUUGGUACAAUCAUAGACGCUGAUGUUUUAGUUAACGCAUUAAGUGAAAUAGAUGAUCAAAGUAAUAUGGAAUUUGGGAACUCAUUAUUCAGAAUUCACUUUGAUAAACGUCCAGAUGAGAACGAAAUUUAUGGUCAAAAAUAUAAUUUCCAUUUAGAAGAUGCUGUUGAUGCACCUGAAUAUUUGAUACAAUGGGAUUCUUUUACUGAAUUAGCUGAAAGUUACGGUCUUCAAUUAAUCACUUACAGACCUUUCCAAGAUAUAUUUUACGAUCAGAUUCACAUAUCAGAAUUCAAAAGGUUAGCAACUUACUUGAAUAUUAUUGAUGAUAUGGGUACCCCUGUUUUGAGCAAUGAUGAAUGGGGCACAGUUGGUAUUUAUGUUGCAUUUGCAUUUGAAAAGAUAUAAUAUUUUGAAGGAACGUACUAAUUUUGUAGUAUAAAUCCAUGUAGUUUUACUAUGCCUUGAAUGAAGACGAUC